CUCCCAGUUCCUCCUGCCGUAGGUUCCUCUUUCCCAAGCAGAUAAGCACAAACGAAGGGAGGCCUCCUUUCUGCAAGGAGUGCUCAAAAUGCAUGCUGGAAUGCAGGCCCCUCCAUGGCUCCUGCUGCUCCUGUUUACCCUGCCAGGCACAGGUUCAGACCCUGUGUUCUGCUUCACCCAGUAUGACGAGUCCUCUGGCAAGUGCAAAGGCCCUCUUGGGGGAGACAUCAGUGUGGAAGACUGCUGUCUCAAUGCUGCCUACGCCUUCCAGGAGCACAGUGGUGGCCUCUGUCAGGCAUGCAGGUCCCCACAAUGGUCACAAUGGUCUUCAUGGACUCCUUGCUCAGUUACAUGCACCGAGGGGUCCCAACUGCGACACAGGCGCUGUGUGGGCAGGGGUGGGCAGUGCUCUGAGAAGGUGGAUCCUGGAACUCUUGAGUGGCAGCUACAGUCCUGUGAGAACAAGCCAUGUUGUCCAGAAAUGGGUGGCUGGUCUGACUGGGCACCCUGGGGUCCUUGCUCUGUCACCUGCUCCAAAGGAAUCCAGACCAGGCAACGAGUGUGUGAUCAUCCUACUCCGAAGUGUGGGGGCCACUGCCCAGGAGAGGCCCAGCAAUCACAGGCCUGUGACACUCAGAAGGUCUGCCCCACACAUGGGGCCUGGACAGCCUGGGGUCCCUGGGGCCCCUGCUCAGGAUCCUGCCUUGGUGGAGCUCAGCAACCCAAGGAGACACGAAGCCGCACGUGUUCUGCACCAGAGCCUUCAAUCCAGCCCCCAGGGAGGCCCUGCUCAGGACCACCCUAUGAGCACCGGACCUGCACUGGCCUGCCACCCUGCCCGGUGGCUGGUGGCUGGGGGCCAUGGGCUCCUUUGAGCCCUUGCUCUGUGACUUGUGGCCUGGGCCAGAUCCUAGAACAACGGACAUGUGAUCGCCCUGUACCCCGUCAUGGGGGCCCCACCUGUGCUGGUGAUGCCACUCGGGCCCACAUCUGUAACACAGCCGUGCCUUGCCCUGUAAAUGGGGAAUGGGAGGAUUGGGGGAAAUGGAAUCACUGCAGCCGUCUGAAAAUGAAGUCCAUCAGCUGUGAAGAGAUCCCAGGCCAGCAGUCACGUUCAAGGAACUGUAGAGGCCGCAAGUUUAAGGGACAGCCGUGUGCCGGGAAACUCCAGGACAUUCGACACUGCUAUGAUAUCCAUAACUGUUUCUUGAAAGGUUCAUGGUCAGAGUGGAGUACCUGGAGUCUGUGCACACCACCAUGUGAACCCAACCCCACCCGUGUCCGCCAGCGCCGCUGUACAGCUUUGCUCCCCAAGUUCUCGCCUACAGUUUCCAUGGUCGAAGGUCAGGGUGAGAAGAAUGUUACCUUCUGGGGGACUCCACGGCCACGAUGUGAGGAGCUACAGGGGCAGAAGCUGGUGGUGGAAGAGAAACGGCCAUGUCUACAUGCGCCUGCCUGCAAAGACCCAGAGGAGGAGAAACCUUAAAGUCCCUUGCUUCCAUUCUGGUCCCCUAACCUUACAGACCUCAAUAAAUCAGCCUUUCUAGACUCUUCUAAGAUUCCUUAAAGAAAGGGGGUUGGGGUUGGGACCUGUCCCCAUUCCUGGAAUUAGGGCAAUAUAAUUUUCUAGAGUAUUUUCUAGUAGUGGCCCAUUGUGAAAUAUUCUGUUUUAGUGUGUUUACAGCUUGGAAAGCUUGAAAGCAGUGUCCAGCCCCACCCCAUCUUUGCCAGGACUAUAAGGGAGUGGGACUUGGGGGGAAAGCAACAAGGUGGGUUUUACCAUUGGCUACUCAGCUUACUGGGAACCUUUUGAUUGGUCCUUGUGCUAUUUAGUUGCUGUCUCCUACUUUAUGAAGUUUCCUAGGUUCCCACCCACACACCAGAGCCUCUCAGCUGGCAGAUCUGCUACAGUGAUGAAUUGGGUGGGAUGUGACCAGAGUUGGCACCCAGCUGAGAAAGCACCUGCACCCGCCCACUAAAAACAGCCUAGCUCUAACACCACAAUUACCAACAACAAAUAGCUGGGGGAAGGGGCACUGAGGAGGUGGCUAUGAUGCAGUUUGAGCUAGGACAAGGGUAAAGAGAAGCUAGAGUUAACAUUGGCCUGGAGG